AUGACGCUAUCUCAGCUCCUCAUCCUCUCCGUAGCGAGCCUCGCCGCCGCUCAAGACCGCCUGUUCUCCUCCGCCUUUGGCUACCCCGGCCGCGAUGCGAGCUUCGACUACGUGAUUGUAGGCGGCGGCACCGCCGGCCUGACCAUCGCAUCUCGCCUUGCAGCCACGUCAGCCUCCGUCGCCGUCGUCGAGGCCGGCGGCUUCUACGAAGUGGAGAACGGCAACAACAGCGUCGUCCCGCUCCUCUCCCUCACCGGCAUCGCCUUCAUCGACCCCACGCCCGAAUUCACCCCGCAGCCACUGAUGGACUGGUCUCUCGUCUCCGAGCCGAUCCCCGGCGCCGGCGGACGCAGGGUCCACUACGCGCAGGGCAAGACCCUCGGCGGCUCGUCCGCGAUCAACACCAUGUCGUACAUCCGUGGCACGAAGGGCUCCUACGGUCUCUGGGCUGAGACUGUUGGUGACGAUUCAUUUAAAUGGGAGAAUAUGUUGCAGUAUUUCAAGCGCUCUGUCGACCUCACCCCGCCGAAUGAGGAGAAGCGGCAGAACACCAACGCCACGGUCGUGUUUGAUCCGUCCGACUACGAUGAGGAAGGCGGCCCGCUGCAGGUCUCGUGGAACAACUGGGUUGACCCGACGUUGACUUGGCUCGCGAAAGUCAUUUUGAGCCUCGGCUUGACCAUAAGCCCGAAGGGAUUCAGCAGCGGUGAGCUCGUUGGUCACGGUGCUUGGGUACCCUCGACGAUCGAGCCCGAAAGGGCCCAGAGGUCGACUAGCGAGAGCAGCUUCUUGCAGAAGGCGAUCAAGGAUACAGGAAUCAUUGUUUACACCCACACCCAGGCGACCAAGAUCCUCUUCAACGGUACGCAGGCUACGGGGGUCCAUGUCAACUCUCAGGGUGUCGAUUACAUUCUGUCAGCAAACAAAGAAGUUAUUCUGACUGCCGGGACCUUUCAUUCACCACAGAUUCUCCAAGCAUCCGGCAUCGGUCCGCGUGAACAUCUCGAGGCACUCUCGAUCCCUGUCAUCGCCGAUAUCCCGGGCGUCGGCCAGAACCUCCAGGAUCCCAUCCAAAUCUUCGUCGCAUAUCCCGUCAGCACGCCCUCCGCCCAGUCCCUUACCGCCGACCCAGCUCUCAACCCGGGAUUCAUCGAUGAGUACCUUAAGUCCGGGACAGGCCCAUACAGCUCAGCAGCGGGCUUCUUGGCCCACGAGCGGCUCCCAAACUCAACGCUUGCUAAACUGACCCAAGCCACCCGCGACAAACUCGCCUCCGUACCGUCCGAUUGGCCCCAGCUGUCCUUCAUCGUCGGCUCGUUCUCAACCGGCCCCGGUCAGACCAGCGGCACACUGGCAGCUUACCUCCCCCUCGUGUUUUCCCGUGGCAACGUCACCAUCACAUCGCCCUCGGUUCUCGAAGCACCGCCCAAAAUCAACCUCAACUGGCUCUCCGACGAAGCCGACGUCGAGCUUGCCGUCACGGCUGUGAAACGUCUUCGCACAGCGUGGGCCUCAGAGUUCGCCAACAAGCCUGGGUUCAAGACGGGGCCCGAAGGACUUCCGGAUGAUGCCGUGCAGACCGACGAGGAGAUUUUGGAGUAUGUCAGAGCCAACGUCGGCCAAGUCUGGCACCCUGUUUCAACCUGUGCCAUGGGGAAGGAGGAGGAUGUUGAAGCGGGCAAAGCGGUGGUGGACAGCCGUGGCCGCGUGUUUGGUGUUCGGGGGCUGAGAGUGACUGAUGCUAGUACUUUCCCUUUUGCGAUCCCAGGACAUCCGCAGUCUGCGGUGUACGCUUUGGCGGAGAAGAUUGCGGAAGAUAUCAUCACUGGGCGUUGA